CAGAGGGUUGGUCAAAGAGAAAAGUAAGUAACCGAGAGAUUUUUCGAUUUAAUUUAAAAACGGUAAGUGGUUGGUUAGUUUCUUUGGCAAAGUUGUUCACUUUCGAAAGUUUCAUAAAUUUGCAGAACACACCAAUCGCUUACAUCUCACCGUUUUUUUUUUUGAAUAAAUCGAAAAAUCUCUCGAUUACUUACUUUCCUCUUUGACCAACCUUCUAAAGGUCCUCGGAAAGUGAUUAAAGUUCAAUAAGCUUAGCAUACACAAAACUUCAGGUUAUUUGUAGUUCGUCAUCCAAAUUUCAGCCAAUUCGGGCUACCCCAAGCUUGGGCAUUUUCAAUGAAAAAAAACAGCAUUUGAUAACUUUUGUCACCGACCGUAACUAAAUGAAUUCCUGAAGAAAAAUGCAAAUCACUCAAAUUAAAAUAUUUAUCUAUCUAUCCAACCUGCAGAAAUUUACACUCAGUAGCUACCAGUUCUGUUUCAUUAACAGUUUUUAAAAAAUAUUGGAGAAUAUUUGAUUUAGGAAAAAACCGAUUCCGGAAAAGUAAUCUGGAAUUAAGGCAACUUUCGAUUUCGUAACGAUCAUGAUUGAUUUAGAGCUCUUGAACGUUUUCAAAUGAAAUGCAAACAAUACAUCAUUUCGUUCCCUUGAUGCUACAAAAUUUGGAAUUAUGUGUCAAAACAUGAUUAUCAAUUAGAUCUGCAAAAAAAAUAUGAUUAGUUUGUUUUGGUCAUAUAAAAUUAAAGUAUUUCUUGAACCUGAAAUUGUUCCAUAAUACCUAGAAGUAUCAGGGAAAUUUAUUGCGGUAAGCGAGUAGACACCCUGUAACGAUUUUGCAUUUAUUAUAAAAAAACAUUGAUUGGUAUUGGUUCGACACUACAAGUGUCGACAUAUUCUUUUUCAUGUUCUACAUAGCAAAUCGAAACAAACAUAUCUAUACUUUUGUUUUUGUAAUUGUAAGAGAAAACUUUGAAAGGUUUGAUACUAAGAGUGUCGAUGUUUUCUUUAGCUACUGAUGAAGGGCUAUCUAUCAAAACUAUAUGCUGUAACUUGUGAAUCCGCUCUACUAAAAGAAAUCUCUUUCUGUGAUAAUCAUUGAGAUACAGAAGUAUGUUCGGUUGUAAUAAUAUUAAAUAUCAUAAAUUUUCCUUUCUUCACUUAACGAUCGUAACAUAAAAACACAUCGCACAUGUCUGUUUUUGUAUUUAAAAAAAUCUUUGAAUGGUUCGUCACCAUAAGUGUCGACAUAUUUUGUAUUUAGUCUUCAUCUGUGCCAAUAGAUGACUUUUUUAAUUGAGGUUACUUACCAAGGUGAAUCCAGGUUGUAUAGCCUUCUGCAUCCUUCCCACUAACAAAAACUCCUUCCCGGGACAACCAUGAAGAUGCAGAGGUAUACUCGGUCUCAAGUAACAAUGGAUGUCACAUGCUUGAUAAUUACACGCUUAAAUCAAACUCCUCUGGACCAACAGAAGAGUUUGAUUCUAUGCGAAACGUACUCUUACUGAUUCAUAUCUGUGAAAUAGACAAUGUUUGUAACAUCUUUCAAAAUCCAUAGGUUUAUCGAUGGAUGUUUGAAAAUUUUGCAGUUUCAGAAUGAUCAUUCGUUUUUGUACAGCAUCGUCUUUUUUAUCACGUUUUCUUCUGAAAAUGACCCUUAGUUGAUUCAUAACUGUGAAGUGAUCGUAAAUUUGCUAAGAAAACGACAAUUAACGGUCGUAUCCGUUUACAGUCUAUGAUGUUGAAUCGUCAUCUGGACUGUGGCUUAGUUGGUUAAGUCGCCUUACUGAUGUAUUGACAAUCGUGGGUUCGAACUCUCAUCAGUACAUUGUGGACUUUUUUAUUCAAUACAUAAUAGUCGAUUUCAAUUAUAGGUUAGAUUUUAUAUGAUUCAAAUUGAAGUUAUUUCUGAGGCACGUUAAAAUUCCACUUAAAUCAUCGUUAGUUAACUCCCGAAUAGUGAUAACUCUGAAUCAGGAAAUCUCAUAUUUCCAAGUGUUUCAAUGAUAUCCUAAUUGCAAUAACUGAAGUACAAUUUAUUGAAUUGUAAUCAUACUGUACCGGAUGUAAGAACAAUAUAGUUCAUACGAAGCCAGACAGUUAACCAAAUUUUCAACGAUUGCUAUCCUAAUUCUAUAGUUAGAAUUACGUCUGAAGAUUCCUCUUAGAGCAUUUCGUAAUGAAAUGCUGGUUCAAAUUUGGUUUGGUAGACUUCCAUCCACCGUAAGCUUAUUCAACGACCAGAAACUCCCUUUCUUCUCCACACUGUCCACCUGUUUCCCGCGCUUCCAGCACCUCCAAAGUCAGCAUCACCCGCCUCGGACCGGAACCUUUAGUCACAUCGCAUUCAGCCACGAAUUCCCGGCUUGUCACUAAUUCUUCGAUUCUCCCAUGUUUUCGCCAACAGCAUUAAGCAAAACAAGUAUUAACUAGCAACCAUCAAUCAACCAUGAGUACUCCAGCUACCGAAACCAAGCCAGCUGAGGAGCAGCAGGUUCCGAAGGCCGAAGAAAAGCAGGAAACUACUACAACUUCGACAGAGGCUGCCACAGAGCCUCCGAAGGGUGAGGAGUCGUCCGCAAUGGAGGUGGACGCCUCGCAGACCGAGACGAAAACUGAAGCCGCUUCCGGUGAGGACGCCGCCGCCAAACCCGCCGAGGAAAAACCCGAGGGCGAAGGCGCCAAGUCCGAGGAAGCCAAACCGAAACCCGACAACAAGUUUCGCCUAAGUGGUACCGCCCGGAAGCGCUUCAGGUGGUUGCUAGACCAGGGCUACUCACGGGAUGAGGCCGCCGAGCUGGCAAAGGAACCGCUGAAGACUAAGGAGCUUCGGGACAGGUUCAACGCCGACACCAAGAGGGGCAAAAAACCGAAAGACGAAAAAGUGAUUGAAGCGGAAGUCAAGAAAUUGAAUCCCGCCGAUAAGAAACGCUUUGCGUGGCUUUUGCAGAAUGGCCACACCGAGGAAGAAGCCCUCGAGGUGGUGCAGAAGAAGCGUGCUACCGCACCCAAGCGCAACCUGGCAACCAAUGGUGGCCCAGCGAUGAAAAUGUCCAAGCCAAGUCCCGACGCGGUCGGAGGUAUGAUUAUGGCUGUCGUUGCCAAGGAUUACCCUACCACGACUCUCACUCAUGCACAAUCGAACGAGGUCAAGGACGCCAUCCUGAAGGAAGUGGUCCAACAGAAAGAUUCCGAAACGAAACCACGUUUCGAAAGUUGCGCCCACGUCAAGGCUGGCUAUCUGCGGGUCAACUGCUGCGACGGCACUACUCGUCAGUGGCUUCAUCGUGUCGUUGUUAAGUUGACCGUCCCGGAAGGAAUUUCGCUGAAAUUAGUUUCUGAGAAGAACCUGAUCAAGGGCGACAUCUAUACGGGUCUUUUCCCCGACAGCAAGAAAGAGACCAAUGAAGCUAUUUUGGAAUUUGUCAAGAGCCAGAACGAUGGUUUGGAUAUUUCCAAGUGGAAGGUCCUUUCUCGCAAGGAACCCCAGAAUAAGCAAGCCAUUGAAUUGAUGUUCUCGGUGGAUCCUGCAUCCUCCCGGAGCAUUCAAAAACUUGGCGACGAGUUGAAUUACAAGUUCAACAAGGUCCCUCUCCGCAAGCAAGUCAAGUCCAGCGAUUCGCAAGGCCAAGGUUCGAACAGAAAUGUCGUCGCUAGAACCGGUGGUAGAUCCAUGGGUCCACCACAGAGAAGACCACAAAACCAGCUAAGAAUGCAAAACCAACAGCCAAGAUUGCAAAAUCAACCAAGAUCGCUCAGCCAGCGAAGACCAAACUCGAACUCGUUCGUUUCUGUUUGGGACAGCAAUGUGUCCCAGAGGAGCAGCAACUUCAAUCAGUUCGACAAUAUGCGCUCGAACUCUGUGAGCUCUAGCAAUAACUGGGGCAGUGGAGGUGGCCUGAACUCGUUCGGUUUGGGCAACUCUGGAAACAACGGCUACGGAAUGGAUAACAAUUCCUUUGGUAACAACUCCUUCGGAGGUUCCAAUUCAUUGCGAGGCUCAAGCUCAUUUUCGGAUAGAAACUCCUUUGGAGGUGGUUCCAACUCCUUCGGUAGUUCGAACUCCUUCAGCAAUGGCAGCAGCUUCUACGGAGGUUCAAACUCCUUUGGAGGCAGCUCAGGCAACCUAUACAGCCGGCGUAACGGUGGUGGUGGAAACCAAUCCGGCAGCAGCCGCCCCUUCAAUUUGUCCGACAGUCUGUACGAUCAGCUGAAGCUUAUCGGCAGCAGUGGUGGCAAUGGUAACAGCGGAAACAGCUUCGGUGGAUCAUCACGCCGCGCCGGUGGCCAAGGGUCAUCGCGACGCACCGGUGGUGGUGGUGGUAACAGUGGCAACAACAAUUCCCGGGGUCGUAAUGCCGGCGGCAAUUCGUCGAAACAAUCGAAUCGAAGCAACAGCCUGGGCAAUCGCAACUUCUUCACUACCACCAGGACAGGUUUCUUCUAAGGAAGAACGAUUAGGUGCAGUGGUGGUACCUUUUCGCAAUUGGUGUGAAUUUUCUUUUAAUUGACUAUCCUUACAACUAUAAAUAUUUGAACUACAAAUACAUAAAGAAUGUGUACUCUGAAUAUCUGACAAGAAUAAACUUAACUACUCUAGCCGUAA